ACCUCGAACUCUUGGAGUGGCCUUUUUAAAUCAUGGCAGGCCAAGUCAUUAUUUCGAUCCUGCUUUUUUGUAUUCGCUUGUACAAGCAUUCGAAGCGCAUGUUUUUUUUUUAAGCGGCUAUAUGCGCAUUGCAGGAACUUUUGGUAGAGUUUGGUGAUUCUUCUGAGGUGGAAGGGAGAUUAGAGAGUUGUGGCAGAGGAGGGGCCAGGGUUGGUGGUUCGUGAAAGUUCUUGGUAGAUUUAGGAUAUUGACCACCGCAACAGACUUCUUUAGGGUGGGGUGUGUGGCGUUCUGUUUGAUAAGGAGGUCAAUCGUUUUGAAUCAUGAAGUUAUUCCUGGGGUGGGUGGAAUUGGUAGAGCAAUUUAGGAUUUACUGGAUCCUGUGUGCAACAGAGUGAGUUUGGUUAGGGUUUGGAAGCCCGGAUUGAAUCCUUGGGAAACUCUUCUGGCGAUUGUAUUUGGGAGCAGCUGCGCUUGCGAGUGUGUUAAGGGUGGGUGGACAUGGGGAUGUGAAGAAUUGUAGGGUACUGGAGAGGGAGAAUUGCGAGGAUGGAGUUUAUGGAGGAUGAAGGGCGUGGAGUGGAGUUCUGGUGUGAUAUCGAGAAAAUGCAUGUGUGGAACGGAAGAGUAGGGUAAAAUAGCAGCAGGGAAAUUGAGGGUGUGUAGGACGGGCGGGGGGGGGGGGGACUCGACGGAGGUGAAUCAAUGGCGUCGGAUGGAGCGAGUUCAAUGGGGCAGUAUGUUGGAAGAAAGUUCUCUAAUUCGAAUACUAACACUCCCGUGCGCCUUAAAGUUUCAGCAACUAUCAUGAAUUGUGACGAUCAAGAUGGCGAUGAGGAUUAUAUGGGCUCGAGGCCACAAAGUCGUGAGAGCUCACACAGUAGAGAAAAUUGUCAGAUCCAGAACGAGGGCUGCGAUAACGAGAAUGCUGUUAAUGAGGGGUCGCCAGCCGCCGUGUCGAAUGACCUGUUGGCUUCUGGGACAGUACUGGAAAAAUAUCAGGUUGAAGCAUUUUUGAAGUCAAUGCAAAGACUCAUUCAGGCUGGGGGAAGACGACUAUUUGUUGGCAAGAGGUUGACUGUUACUGGUCGAGAAAGGUUCACGCUUGAAGACAUGCUAUCAUUCCAGAGUGUAAGCUACUAUGUCAGACGUGUGUUCGGGAUAUUUUCAACAACAAUGGCUUCUUUAUUUCAUGAUCUAAUCCCCACUUCCCUGAUGCGACUAAAUAGUGAUUCAAUGACCCGGGCCGUAAAGCUUUUCCAAGUUGUUCUAAAAUACACAGGAGCAGAUCUCGCUGCCGGGUCCCCUUUUCCCACAUUACAAGAGCAAAUCGAUAUGGUGUUGAAGCUGUACAACCACACUUUGAAACGGGCUGAUCUUCGUGAUGAACUGUUUGCUCAGCUUUUGAAACAGACCCGCAACAACCCAGAUAGGCCAGUGUUAAUGAAGACAUGGGAGCUGUUGUUCCUGUGUGCUUCUGCAAUGCCUCCUGGUAAGGAGUAUGGUGUACACCUCUCAGAAUACGUGCAUGGGAUAGCCAUUGCCCCUGGAGACUAUGAAAUCCAAAGGCUUGCUAUGAAUACAUGGAAUGCUCUAAAGCGCUCUGUGAAAGGAGGACCUCGAAGGACGACUCCGGCUGAGGAAGAGAUAGAAGCUCUUUUCGAGGGUAGAAAGUUGAUCACCACAGCAUAUUUCUUAGAUGACACAUUUGAGGAAAUCACUUACGAUGUAUCUACAACUGUUGCUGAUGCAGUUGAGGAAUUUGCAAGCAUUAUAAAGCUGACAUCUUUCAGCACUUUUGGUCUCUUCGAGUGCCGGAAGUCUGUGAUUGGCUCGAAAGCUAGUGAUUUUGGAAAUGAGGAACACAUUAGCCUUGAUGAUAACAAGUACAUUGGCGAUAUUGUUGCGGAGUUUAAGGCUACUAAAGAGAAAUCCAAGGGGGAAUUGCAAUGUAGGUUGCUAUUCAAGAAACGUCUUUUUCGAGAAUCUGAUGAAACUAUCACAGAGCCCAUGUUUGUACAAUUAUGCUAUGUACAGUCACAACAUGAUUACAUGCUCGGAAACUAUCCAGUUGUAAAAGAUGAUGCAGCUCAAUUGGCAGCUCUGCAGAUAUUGGUCGACAUUGGUCCAGUUUCAAAUCCAGAACGCACUAUAGAUUGGCCAGCAUUGUUGGAUGGUUCUCUGCCUAAGCAAAUAGCUAUAACUAGGGCCAAGCGGGACUGGGAGUCCAACAUCCUGAACCGGUAUCGAGCUAUGGCACAUCUAACAAAAGGUGAAGCAAGGCAACAACUGCUUCGCAUUCUUCGCUCGCUGCCUUAUGGGAAUUCUGUGUUCUUUAGCAUCCUCAAAAUUCAGGAUCCUAUAGGAUUGCUGCCAGGGCGAAUCAUUCUUGGCAUCAACAAGCGUGGGGUACACUUUUUCCGGCCAGUGCCCAUGGAGUACUUACAUUCAGCUGAGCUGCGUGACAUAAUGCAGUUUGGCAGCAGCAACACAGCUGUCUUUUUCAAAAUGCGUGUAGCGGGUGUGCUCCACAUUUUUCAAUUUGAGACUAAACAGGGGGAAGACAUAUGCAUGGCGCUUCAGACACAUAUAAAUGAUGUCAUGUUGCGGCGAUAUUCUAGAACAAGAAAUAUCCCCAAUGGACAGAUAACAAAUGGAGUGGAUGCGGGUGGAACACAAAUUAGCAAACCUGCAGGUCUUGAAAUUUAUGAAAAGCACGUACAGGAGAUGUCAAAGCUGCUAGAGGAAUCACAAAGGAAGAUCGAUCAGCUUUUGGAGGCGGUUAGAGCGAAAGAGAAAAGAGAAACGCAGGUGAUGGAAGAGCUAGCAGACCUGCAAGAUGCUCUUCGUGCUGAGGAACAAAGUCGUUGCGAGAUUGCAGAAGAGCGAGAGCGGUUGACGAAGCAGCUGGCGGAGAUGGAUGCUGGGUUACAGGCAGCGCUUACGGAGAGAGCUGCGCUAAUGGCAUCUGUGCCAGGCAAUCAACCUGGCUAUGAUGCUGCAAGUGACUUGAGCGAUUACGAAUCUGUUUCGAGGAGGACUCCAACUCCUCGUUCAAGAAGAGAAAGAGAGCCCUCACUUGCCACUGGAAAAGACAGAAAGGAUGAACAGAUUCGCAUUGUAGAAAACCAGAUUAGAGAAAUUCGGACGGAAUUGAGACUUAAGACUGAAGAUUUAAGAAAACAAGAGGAUAAGGCAAAGAAUCUGCUCAAAGAGAAACAGCUUCUUGAGCAGAAGAUUGCCCGUCUGGAAAAGAAUAAGACUGAUGAGACGAGAGGGCUGGAACAUCAGUUUGAACAGGAGAGAGAUGAGCUUAGGGCGAGAGUAGGGGAAAGUGAGAAGAAGUUGCAAGAGCGCACCCAGGAGCUUAGUCGUGCAGAGCAAGCGCUGGCUUCCCGCAGUGGUGAAUUUGAGACUGUAGCAGCCAAUGUGAAGGAGCUAGAGGAGCUUCGGGAGAUGAAGGAGGACAUUGAUAGGAAGAAUCUGCAAACUGCAGCUAUUCUGAAGAGGCAAGCAGAUCAGAUAGUAGAACUACAGGCUUUAUAUAAAGAGGAGCAAACUUUGAGAAAGCGGUACUUCAAUAUGAUGGAAGAUAUGAAGGGUAAGAUAAGGGUUUAUGCCCGUUGGAGGCCCUUGAGUGAGAAGGAGGUCAAAGGAGGUGAGCAAUCGGUGUUGACUUCUUGUGAUGAGUUCUCUAUUGAGCAUCCAUGGAAAGAUGAUAAGAUCAAGCAACACCAGUUUGAUCACAUCUUUGAUGAAUUUGCUACUCAGGAGCAGGUUUUUGAGGACACCAAGUACUUGGUCCAGUCGGCCAUCGAUGGAUACAACGUGUGCAUUUUUGCAUUUGGGCAAACAGGCUCAGGCAAAACUUACACAAUAUACGGAACAGAAGCCAACCCUGGGCUCACACCCCGAAUUACUCUGGAACUUUUCAGCUGCAUCAAACGUGAUGCCAAUAAGUUCCAGUUCUCUUUGCAGGUGUACAUGUUAGAACUUUAUCAGGACACUCUUAUUGACUUGCUUCUAUCCAAAAAUGGUACCAAACCAAAGAAGCUCGAAAUCAAAAAGGAUUCCAAGGGUAUGGUGGUAGUUGAAAACGCAACUCUCAUCCCAGUAGCGACACGGGAGGAGCUGGAAUCUGUUGUGGCUAAGGGCUUGGAGAAGCGCCACACAUCUGGCACUCAAAUGAAUGCUGAGAGUUCACGGUCACAUCUUAUAUUAUCAAUAAUCGUCGAGAGCACCAACCUGCAAAGCCAAGUGUUAAUGAAGGGCAAGCUGAGUCUUGUUGAUCUGGCCGGGUCAGAGAGAGUGAAGAAGUCAGGCUCUAGUGGGGAACAGCUUAAGGAAGCUCAAAGCAUCAAUAAAUCCUUGUCAGCACUCGGAGAUGUUAUCAGUGCCCUAGCUACAGACGAGCAACAUAUCCCUUAUCGAAACCAUAAACUGACGAUGCUUAUGAGCGAUUCACUCGGUGGAAAUGCCAAAGCUCUUAUGUUUGUAAAUGUUUCUCCGGCUGGUUCCAACGUUGAUGAGACUCAUAACUCCCUCUGUUAUGCCAUUCGUGUAAGGUCCAUCAUGAACGACCCCAGCAAGAACUUUACGACUAAAGAAAUAUUGCGUCUCAAGAGACAAGUACAAUUUUGGAAAGAGCGAGCUGGAGUCCCAGGGGGUGAGGAGUUGGAAGAGAUUGUGAACGAGCGUCCCUCGAAAUCAGCUGAAUGAGGUGUACAAAUAUACGUUCAACUUAGUGUGUUAACAGUAGACGAAUGAACUUAAGCUGUUGUGUGAAUAUCGCCCUAAUUGAAGGGCAUUUUGGUUUCCUAUUUAAUUUUCAGGGUACUUUCUGCUAGCUCAUUACGAGCAAGAAUUAUACAAUUUAUUGAUCAACUUUAGGUGCGCUGAUCUAUCCUUUCCAUAGGGAUCAAUCAAGACCUCCAGCAGGUAAUUUACACUUGUAGUGACUUGUCCUGCCCAUUUCAUACAGAGCGGUCUGAAAUCAGACUCCAUUGUACUAAAAGCUCGAGCCAUACGUAAAAAAUUCAUCACCAACUUAUCAUCUUCCCUUUC